CAUAAUCUGAUAAAAAUACAAUUUGAUAUCUAUUCAACAGCACAAUGUUUCCUAGCAGAGUUCUACUCGCGCGGUCGGUCUGGAAAGGUAUGUUUCGUCCAAUUCCUCCCAAGCUAGUAAAAAUUACUAAGAAAUGUUCCCAGGCCCCAAUAUCGUCCCGUGAGAUGUCCCCCGCAGAUUCUAUAACUUCUCUAAUCACCCCCUCACAAGUCUUCCAAUUGUCAAAGCCGUGACAGGUGUACGAACACAGCCGAUAAGAACCCAAGCAAGAUCUGCGACUAUUCUGCCAAACUUUGUGGGAUUGACGUUUGAAAUUCAUAAUGGAAAGGUUUAUAAUGAGGUGACAAUUACGGAGGACAUGGUGGGACAUAAGUUGGGAGAAUUCUCGAUGUAUGUUGUGAAGAUUCAAAAGACUGGAAUCAGGCGCUAAUCUGUGAAUAGGACGAGAAAACGAUUUACUUAUAAGCAAAGUAAGAAUAAGUAGAUGGGGAAGCGUUCAUCAUGGUAUGGUACGGCAUGGCAUGGCGUUUUGGGUCGGGGGAGAGUCUCUGGGGUUGGGGUGUACAUUUUGGUGUAUAUUGUUUACGACAUAUGAGCUGUGAGAAAUGAGGACUGUGAAACGGCUGUGGCAGUCCUACUUCUCAGGAACUCAUGCCAAUGACUAUAAAAACCUUACUGCAGAGGAAUCGUUGCAGCUCCACGGUCGAAUAACGGCUCGGCCCUUUGGCAUUGAAGCAUGACUUUCGAGGUCAUGAAAAGCUCGACCAACCGCCGACCAGAUUCAGGGUCCUCACAAGACAUGCACCCAACUCCACACAUCCUAUAGAAUGAAUCGCAAAAUAUAUGAAAUGAGAUAAAU